AUGUCAAAUGUAUAAAAUAGAUAGAAUGCAAAAGCAUUCAAUCAUUUGUUAAACUCUAAAGCCUCUCUAUUUAGAUUAUCAAAAAUCCUCUCUAACGAUAAUUAUUUUAGAAAAUAACAAAAUUUCAAACCUCUGAGAACCGAAAAAUCAAGUACUUUAUCUCUUGUAAAAAGCGAUAGUCAAAUAGUUUAAGACAAUAAAAACUUUUUUAAGACUUCAACAAGUUUAAGUAAAUUGAAUAACAUUGUUAAUUUUCAAAAGAGAGCCAAUGAUAAAACACAUAAAGAAGUUAUAAAGCAUCUUAUAACUGAUCAAUCUUACUAAAACCUCAAUAAAAUUAGCUUAGAAGGUAAUCGUGUUAGGACUCUACAUGCUGUAAAAUCAGAAAUUUAGAAUUUUGCUGAUUAAAAAUAACAAAUGAAAGAUCUACGAGAUAAAAUUAAACUUAAAUUAUAAGAAAGAGAUUAAGAAUAUUUAUUAAAGAAUGCAUAACAACUUAAUAAUUUAUAGCUCAAGUUAUCCAAUCUACAAUCUUCUUAAUUAUUUAAAAACUUUCUUGUAAAAAAUGGAUAUAGAUAACCUGCAUUCUUAAGAGAUUUUCCAUGA